AUGACUCUUGCGACUCGCCACGCCGACUUCACGCGUCGUGACAACUUCUGGAAGGAAAACGAUCUGUGGCUCGACGAAUUCCGCGACUGGCCGAUGGACUGGCCCAAGCCGAGAGAUUUCUUCAGCCGCGUGAGUUUCGCUUCCUAUUCAUCGCCGCCAGCUUAUUAGUUUCCGACGGGUGCUGGUCAAUUGAGGAAAAGAAUCGGCACGAGACAUAGGCAUUGGCUAUUCAUCCGCGACCUACCCGAUUCCCUCUGCGCGCUCCUCAUUCCGGCUGCUAUUCUGCCAGGCGUUUUACUGUUCAAAUCCGGUCGUACGUGACCGGGCUACUUGACAGUCCUACUCAAAUUUACGUACAUAUACACCAUUAAGCGUCAAGUCUGUUCCCCCCUCACUUUCCAUUUGGUUUGUUUGUUCCAUGCCACCUGAAUUCUCCCUUUUUUGAUUUUCCCACUUUUCUCUCAAAAAUCUGCACAAUCUGAACAAACAUUCUGUAUGUUUUGUGAAAAAUCGUCAUUCGUCGUCAGAUACGAAUGUUGAAACUGAACAGAAGCUGUUCUCAGUUCUCAGAUGAUUCACAAUAUGACUCAUAUUUUCAUUUGUUUCAGUUCUCUCGUGACGUGGACAGCUGGUGGAAGGAUUGGCCGACCGACUGGCCCCGUAUGGACGCCGUCAUGCCGAGAGUAAUAUACAGGGACAAACAGAAUUAGUAAACACCGCACUCAUUUUUCAGUUCUCUACUCAACUCGACCGCGUGGACCGCAACUGGAGAAGCGAUCCGUUCUGGAUGGAUCUUUAUCCGAGAUGGGCCGAGCCGAUCUUCAAGGAGGGAAUCGAUGUGAACUCAAAUGUCGUCAAUGACGAACGCAAGUUCGCCGUCGACAUGGACUGCUACCAAUUCCGUCCAGAGGAGAUUCAAGUGAAGACUCUGGACGAUACCCUGAUGAUCGAGGGAAGACAUGAGGAUAUCCGUGACAAGGAUAACUUCACCAAAAUGUACUUCAUCCGCAAGUACCAACUUCCGAGAGAUGUCGACUUCAACUCGAUUCAAAGCAGCAUCGAUGCCAAAGGACGUCUUCAGGUCGAGGCCAACAAGUUCAACUCUCUAGCCAUUCAAGGUCGCGAACGACUGAUUCCGAUCGAAGGAGCUGGUCGUAGCUCUCCGAGAUACGAUAGCGGAACUCUUCGUUCUCAACGUGGACCGAACUCUCCGAUCCACGUUCAAACCGAGCAAGACGGAAGAAGCGCGUCGAGUCGCAGUGCUUCCCGUUUGAACGACAGCCCGGGAUCGAGAGACGUCUACUCUUCCCAUUCCUACAGGUAAUUCGGAAAGUCUUUAGGAAAGUAAUCAAAAAUCAUUGUUCAGCUACCACCGUAGCGACUCUCGCAACCGUCUCUCUCCUCCAGAGGUCACCACUGCCAGAAAUGAUACCCGUAACUAUAGCCCAGCGGCUUCUCGGGCGGUCAGCGGUAAGUAGUCUCGUCACUCGGUUCGUGUCCUGUCCUAGUUGUCCAGUUAUGCUUUUGUCGUGUUCUUCUCUCUUUUUCCUCUGUCUAGACCCUCUAAUUACCUUCAGAGCGGACAGUAACACCGGAACAACGGUCGCCGGGCCGAAAAGCGUUUGAAUCGAUUCGAAACAAUUUUGAGCAAGGUCAUUUCCACAAAUUCCACACACACGCAUUACGUUUUCACUUACGAAUUACCCCCUCAUUCAAACGUGAACAACAUUAGAAAACAACUCGAUUCACUGAUUAACAACACAUUAACAUGUCGCGCUUAUCUGAAGUUGAACUUUGACCACUGCCCAAUUCUAUGUUUAUGUGUCAUCAUCUUUUGAAAAUGUAUGGUGUUUAAAAUUAUAAUCUUCAGGAUCGUACAACGGAGCUGUCAACGGAAACGGAGCUAUUCAUGAGGAGAGAUCAGGCUCCCGUGCUCAAUCUCACCGCUCAGAGAGUCGCAAUGGAGGUAAUUCCAGAUUAUUCCAGAAACUUCUCUAAUUGUACAUUUUUCAGGUUACCGUGUCGAGUCGCCAGUGAGCACCACUACUGGAAUUCUCCGUAACGGCAACGGCAACGGAAACGCCGACUCUCCGAACUCGACUCAACGUGAAUACCGUUCCAUCCAAAUCCUUCGCAAAACCUAUUAA